AUGGGCUCCCGAGGCCCAAAUAAGCGCUUUCGUAGGAUACAGAAAUUCCAAACGGACUAUGCACACACCACUAUUACUCAGUAUGAAUCUGAGAGAAGCGGCAUGCAGGUCAUUGUGGCCGACCGCAAAGGCCCAAAGGUAAAUGGUUAUUUUACCUUGGCUACGGAAAUUUUUGAUGAUUCCGGGGCCCCUCAUACUCUCGAGCAUCUGGUCUUUAUGGGCUCAAAGAGCUACCACUACAAGGGCCUGUUAGAUAAGCUGGCAUCUAGGGCUUAUGGUAGCACCAAUGCUUGGACCGCAACCGACCAUACAGCCUACACGCUUGAGACUGCUGGUUGGGAAGGCUUUGCCCAGAUUCUCCCGGUGUACCUUGAGCACCUCAUUGUGCCUACUAUAACAGAUGCCGCGUGCUUGACUGAGGUUCAUCAUGUCAAUGGCGAAGCAAACGAUGCCGGUGUCGUCUAUUCAGAAAUGCAAGGUGUACAGUACACGAGCUUCGAGCUUAUGGAAAUCAAGGCCCGGCGCUUGCUAUAUCCAGAGAAUGUUGGGUUUCGAUAUGAAACAGGCGGCAUGAUGGAAGCUCUACGAGUUCUAACUCCGGAGAAGAUACGCGAUUUCCAUAGGACCAUGUACCAACCGCGAAAUAUGUGUGUUAUUAUCAUCGGCGAGGUAGACCAUGACCAUCUUCUUACUCUCCUGGACGAGUUCGAGGAAAGCGUCAAGGAUGAUAUCCCCCCUCUUGAUGCACCGUUCAAACGCCCCUGGAUAGAAUCAGCACAGCCACCUCCAUUACAAAAAACGACCAUUGAGACUGUUGAUUUUCCGGAAGAGGACGAGUCCACUGGCGACAUGCUUAUGGGGUUCUUCGGGCCAAAUUGCGUUGACGUUGUCGAAAUCACAGCUCUGAACGUCCUCUUGACUUACUUAUGCGGAUCUUCCGUCUCAGUACUGGAAAAUGUCAUGGUAGAGAAGGAGGAACUAGCCAGCUCUAUAGCCUACUCGUUGGAUACUCGACCUAAUAGCGUCAUUUGGUUCCAGCCCACUGGUGUUGCUACAGAAAAGCUAGCAUUCGUCGAAAAACGUCUGAUUUCUCUGCUUAAGGAGGUUGCUUCUAAGCCAUUGGAUAUGACGUACGUCAAUGAGUGUAUCCAGAGGGACCGCCGGCAAAUGAAGGCACAGGCAGAAGAGUCCGAAGGCUUUUAUUCUACGAAUAUCAUCUCAGAUUAUCUAUUUGGUGUCCGAGAUGGCUCAACGCUUAAGGAUCUUGCUAGUCUCGGUGAGUACGAUAUUCUAGAGAAGUGGACGGAUGAACAAUGGCGUACUUUCCUCAAGAAAUGGCUUGCUGAUGCUCACCACAUCUCCAUACUCGGGAAACCUUCUCUCAAGUUAGCCACGAAGCUAAAAGAAGACGAGGAGGAAAGAAUAAAGAAGAGAAAACAGGAACUAGGCGUGGAAGGUCUAAAGAAGUUGGCACAGGACCUUGAUAACGCCAAAAAGCAAAACGAGGUAGAUAUUCCGGAUUCCCUACUCGAGAAAUGGCAGGUUCCUUCAGUUGAAUCAAUCCACUUUAUCAAAUCGCAGACUGCGCGAUCUGGAAUGGCUCGGACACUCGGUGUCCACGAUAACUCUGCACAAAAGGCCAUUGAUGGGGCUCCUCCUGGUUUACCGUUGUUUGUGCAAUUCGAAGAUGUAGAAACCAAUUUCGUGCACAUCGCAGUCCAUGUCGGUACGUCGAAAGUGCCAGUUGAGUAUAAGCCCAUGCUGUCGGUCUUCAGCGACAACUUCUUCAAUACCCCUAUUUUACGUAACGGCGAACGCGUUCCCUUUGAAAAGGUGGUCAUGGAACUUGAAAAGGAUACCGUGAGCUACACACUGGACUCUGGCAAUAGGUUUGGUGAUUCGGAAAGCUUCCUUAUCCGGUUUCAAGUCGAACCCGACAAGUAUGCAACCGCUAUUGAAUGGAUCCGCACAAUGAUGUUCGAUAGCAUCUUCGAUGUUACUCGUUUGAGGGCUGGCAUAACGAAGCAACUCGCUGACGUUCCAGAGGCGAAACGUGAGGGAAGAGCCAUGACUAAUGAGGUAGAAGUGGCUAUCCAUAAUGAUCCCUCAGCUUUAAUAGUUGCAAGACGUACUCUGGUCAAAGCAGUAUACCUUCGUAGGCUAAAGAAGCUUAUUGAGAAAGACCCAGACGCGGUGUUAUCACGGUUCGAGGAACUUCGAAAGCACCUCUUUACCUUCGAUAACCUCCGAGUCCUAGUUACAGCUGAUAUCUCGAAUUCGAAGCUACCGGACCCCGUAAAGACGUGGGACAUACUCUCCAAAUCGCUCAACACAAAUGUCGAGGCUAUCAACCCCAUUGUCAAACCGCAUACUCUUCUCAACGACGAAGGCCGUAAUCCGGGGUCUGUUGGCGCAAUCAUCGUUCCUAUGAGAGCAAUCGACAGCUCCUACUCUAUUAGUUCCGGCAAGGGACUUGCCUCCUUCUCCGAUCCAGUCAUACCUGCGUUGCUUGUCGCCAUGCAAUACCUAGAGACCGUAGAGGGUACUUUGUGGAACGCAGUUCGAGGAAAUGGCCUAGCCUACGGUGCUUACUUUGCUAAGGAGUUAGACGGAGGAUACCUACAUUUCAAGGUAUACAGGUCUCCCCUAGCAUCCAAGGCGAUAGCCGCCGCACGCGAUGCUAUCGCAGCACUAGCCAAUGGCACCGUUGCUUUUGAGAAGCCUAUGAUCGAGGGUGCAAUCAGCCAGCUAGUGAUGACACUAGCAGACGAACAGUCUACUAUGGCCACUGCAGCUUUGCAGAACUAUAUCAAUAGCGUUGUAAGGGGGCUUGAUCCCGAUUACAACAUGAAAAUGCUGGCAAAGGUCAGGACAGUGACAGUAGACGACAUCAAGCAAGCCAUGAAGAAGUGGCUAUUGCCCUUGUUCGAGCCAGGAAAGAGCAAUGUGGUGGUUUGCUGUGCACAUGCUAUGGUAGAGAAAAUCGAGGAGGAAUUCAAGACGAUGGGGUACAAAACGCAGGUCAAGCAGCUAUCGGACUUCCAUAAUGCCUAUGGCCUAGAAGCUCCGGAUGGUGAGGAUGAUGAGGAAAACGACCCUGAUAGCGAAUCGGAGGGUUCAGAAGGCUCAUUUGAGUCGGAGGAAGAAGACUAG